AGCUGAAGCCGUUACAUAUAUAGAAGGCACGAUACAUAUUAUCAAAAUCGUGCAUCCCUGUCUUAAUACUCUGUCUCUGCCGUUGCCAGCUCUGAGAGAGAGAUUGUUGAAAUGGGAUCUUCAUCGGAGGAUGAGGGUGAAGAAUACUUGUUCAAGAUAGUGAUAAUCGGAGAUUCAGCUGUUGGCAAGUCAAAUUUGCUAUCUCGCUAUGCCAGAAACGAGUUCGACAUGCAUUCAAAGGCCACAAUUGGAGUUGAAUUUCAGACACAAACACUUGAAAUUGACGGCAAAGAAGUUAAGGCUCAGAUUUGGGACACCGCUGGCCAAGAGCGAUUCAGGGCCGUCACUUCUGCUUAUUACCGUGGUUCGUUUGGUGCUCUUAUUGUCUACGAUAUUAGUCGAAGCUCUACGUUUGAUAGCAUCCCUCGUUGGCUUGAUGAACUCAAGACUCAUUCUGAUACAACUGUUGCAAGGAUGCUUGUGGGGAAUAAAUGUGAUUUGGAGAAUAUAAGGGCUGUUAGUGUUGAGGAAGGCAAAAGCCUUGCUGAAACAGAAGGGUUGUUUUUUAUGGAGACUUCUGCAUUGGAUUCAACAAAUGUUGAAAAGGCUUUCGAAAUUGUUAUUCGCGAGAUUUAUAAUAAUGUCAGCAGGAAGGUCUUGAAUUCUGAUUCUUUUAAAGCAGAAUUAUCGGUGAACAGGGUUUCUCUCGUAAACGAUGGCUCCGAUGGAUCUAAGCAGACUCAGGGAUCCUAUUCUUGUUGUUCCAGGUGAUCAGAGCCCUAUUUCAUUUGCAAAUGUGUACUACUAACCAAUGAAUUCCUUAUGGUUGCUUUAUAUAUUUGAUUUGUUUAUUAAUUUAUAUUACUUAUAGAGGGAUUCUAUAAUGACGCUGAAAGUGCUUUGAUACUAAAGCGGAAUUCUUGUCAUGCAAAAGAACAUUUUGAAUCAAAUGUCGUUUGGAAUGGUGAAAUUGUACAAUUUAUACUCUUUUCACAUGUUUGGUAGAGUGAAUUGGACUCAAUGGUCUUAUAGAGAGAACGUUGAAAUUU